UAGAGUUGUCCCAUUCCCAGGCCUUCGGUAAUCGUUUUUGAAAAGUCAAGCUGUAAAAACGACACCUGCUCCUCUCUCCCCAUCAUAAAUUACAAGAUUCAUAUUGUUUAUUGGGAGAAUUACGAGAGUUAUCUGUUAAUCAUCGACGUUUUACUGAAGAUUGUUCAUUGCAUAUUGUGGAGAAGUGAUUAUUGGGGAUUUAUGUACAAACAAUAUCGAUGGGAUAUCGAUAAAACCUGUGGACUUUGAUGUGUUUAUGAUGGCAUCACCUCGAGGAUUUAUUUUCACUUGAUAAUUCGUGAGAAUUUUCGGGAAAAAAUGACUGAUGAGUUCGAAGAAAAUGCGGACGAGCCCUUUCAGGAACCUCGAAAGAGGUUUUGGCAGAGAUCCUCGAGAAAAAGAACUAAGAGUGAUGCAAUUAGUAUUAGUUCGAUGGAUAUAUCCCUGGAUUCCACUAUGAUGAAGAGCAAAAAACGUCGGAGAAUAACGGAAUUCGCUACAAAUCUAUUGUCUUCCUCUGCAACGACUAGCAGAUUGAGUAAUGUAUUACAGAGGUCUUUUGGAUUCCAGCCUAACAAUUCGAUAUCGAUGAUCGAUGAGGAGGUGGAUGCUGGGCCAAGUAAGAGAACGAGAAGUGGAUGUGAACGUGCAGGCAACUUAAUAAUCCGCAGUUGGUUGACAGAUGUUGCCGGCUACUGCGAAGCAUCCCCAAAGCCCAGUCAUAUAGGAAGAACCGAGGUGAAACGUCAAGAAGCCAUUUACGAGCUGUAUUGCGGUGAGAACGUUCUCCUGAACGAUCUAACCACCCUGAAGGAGACCUACUACGAGCCCCUCCAACUGACCGACAUAUUCACCCCCUCGGAGCUUCGUAUCCUAUUCGGAGACCUUGACAUGCUCCUCCACGUUCACAGCAAGCUACGAGACGAUCUGAUAGAACUGAGGGACUCCUCUGGCUUCACUGACAUUAUCGGUCCCACAUUGCUCGAGUGGUUGCCAACAUUAAUAGAUCCCUACGUGGAAAAAUGUCGGUCCCAGAUUCUGGCCAGACACAUUCUCGAUGAAAAACGUCUGAGGAGUAAGAAAUUCCAGGAGUUUUUGAAGAAAAAAAUGGAAUCCCCAAGGGCUGUUGAUCUGUGGACGUAUCUUGAUGCUGCCAGAUCUCGAGUUGUUAAAUAUCCUCUCCUGGUGAACGAAAUAUUGAAGAGAACACCAACGGGGCAUGAGGAUCGUUGCUUGUUAGACGAAGCGAAAAUUCAACUUUCACAAUUACUGGAGAAAAUUGAUAGAGCUAUGGGCGAUGCCGAGUGCGAGCUGGCAAGGUCGAAAAUUAACGUGAAAGAUGAGUAUGAUCCUGAAGGGUGUAUAAUAGCAGCUGCGGAGUUGAUUACAGAGGGACAGCUGAAGGACUCAAGGGGGGUGAAAUUCCAUUGCUUCUUAUUCGAUACGUGUCUAGCCUUAACUCGUCGAGUUUUAAGAUCCAGAGUGAAGAAUUAUAAUCUCUCACAAUUAGUCAUUCCAAAAGCUCAAUUAAAACUCGAUCCUGAUUGCGAAGGGAAUGUGUGUGCCUUUAAAAUUGGGGAGCGUUCAUUCGUCGCGAGGGAUGAGCAUGAUAAAAGACACUGGAUGGACGCUUUUGAAAAGAUCCAUCGAGCUCCAAGAGUUUCCAAGAAGAAAAAUUCUGUCGAUAAGAAUGAUAAAGAUGCUAAUGCGGAGUCUUCUAUCUCUCGGGUUCUCAGAGAGAAACAAAUUUCCAAGAGAACUACUAGGGAACGUCCAAUCUGAAGAUCUCUGUCAAGAAAUAGUUUUAUAUAAUUUUAUAUAAUUAAUUAUACAAAUUAGGGAUAAUGAAUGGUGUAUAAUUACGAAAAAAAUGUUUUUGCAAUUUAUCAGUCAAUUGGAGUAAAAAUUUUUGUACAAUUUAUUAGUAAA